AACACGUUUCGUUGGCUAAAGUGAAGGCGUGCAACUGCAACAGCUGUGAUUGUGAUGUCGAGGCUGCUGAUUUAUUCCUUUUGUCGUUCGGUUAAAUCUGUUUCCCGUUUAUCGUAUUACAGAGCAAUGUCGACAGGAUUUUUGGUAGACGAUGCUAAAUAUUCUUUUUUGAAAGAAUUAGGAUUAGAGAAAAGAAAUAAUGGCGUUUAUAAUGGUCGAUGGAUGGGAAGUGGAAAAAUAAUUACUUCAGUGUCUCCAACAAAUGAGAAACCAAUUGCUGAGGUGAUUUCAGGAACAGUUCAAGAUUACAAUGACACCGUCACAGUCUGCAAUGAAGCCUGGAAGACCUGGGUCGAUGUACCACCUCCUCUACGUGGUGAAAUAAUACGACAGAUUGGACAUGCGUUAAGAGAAAAGAAGACUCAAUUAGGGAAAUUGGUUUCUUUGGAGAUGGGUAAGAUAUUACCUGAAGGAGAAGGAGAGGUUCAAGAAUACAUAGACAUUUGCGAUUAUGCAGUUGGAUUAUCCAGAAUGAUUGAGGGGAAGGUUCUUCCAUCUGAACGACCUGGUCAUGCUCUCAUAGAAAUGUGGAAUCCUCUUGGUACGAUUGGCAUCAUCACUGCUUUCAAUUUUCCUGUGGCAGUGUAUGGUUGGAACAAUGCUAUAGCAAUGGCUUGUGGUGAUACCAUGAUAUGGAAAAGUGCAGGAACAACUCCUUUGACUAGUAUAGCUAUAAUUAAAAUUUUAUCAUCUGUUUUAGAGAAAAAUAAUUUGCCUGGAGCCAUUUGUUCUUUAAUUUGUGGGGGACCUGAUGUUGGUGAAAGUAUGACAAAUGAUACACGAUUGCCAUUGAUAUCAUUUACUGGAAGCACUCAAGUUGGAUUGAAAGUGGCACUGAAUGUUCAGCAAAGAUUUGGGAAAACAAUUUUAGAAUUAGGAGGAAACAAUGCAAUUAUUAUUGCAGAUGAUGCUGACAUAAAGAUGGUGGUGAGCUCUGCUCUCUUUGCUUGCGUUGGUACUGCUGGUCAAAGGUGUACAACAACCCGAAGAAUCAUUGCUCAUGAAAAGGUAUAUGAUGAAGUCCUAGAUAGAUUAAAGAAAGCAUAUUCCCAAAUUAGAGUGGGAGAUCCACUUGAAUCUGGAACGAUGUAUGGACCUCUUCAUACGAAACAGGGAGUUAAUGAAUAUCUUGCAGCCAUUGAAGAGGCAAAGAAACAAGGUGGAGUCAUUGAAUAUGGUGGAAAGAAAAUUGAUAGAGAAGGAAAUUUUGUAGAACCCACAAUUGUAUCUGGUUUAUCACAUGAUGCAAACAUUGUUCACAAAGAGACAUUUGCUCCAAUUGUUUAUAUUUUGAAAGCUAAAAGCGUUGAUGAAGCUAUAGCUUGGAAUAAUGAAGUCAAACAAGGUCUUACUAGCAGUAUCUUUACAGAAAAUCUUGGAAAUGUGUUUAAGUGGAUUGGUCCCAAAGGUUCUGACUGUGGAAUUGUCAAUGUCAACAUACCCACCAGUGGAGCAGAAAUAGGUGGUGCCUUUGGAGGAGAAAAGGUAAUUAAAAUUUAG